AUGGCAGAGAACGGUACCGGAGUGGUGGAAUUUGUUCUGAUGGGCUUCCAGCUCCAGGCGGCACAGGGAAUGGGUCUCUUCAUUGUGUUUCUGGCCUGCUACCUCAUAACCCUUGGGGGCAACCUGGGCAUGAUUUUGCUCAUCCAGAGCGACCCCCGGCUGCACACACCCAUGUACUUCUUCCUUGGCCACCUCUCCUUCCUGGACAGUUGCUACUCUUCUGUUACUGUCCCUCAGUUGCUAAAGACUUUGGGGACCCACAAGGUGAUCAUCACCUUUGAGCGCUGUGCCACCCAGUUCUUCUUUUUCACACUCUAUGCGUGCACUGAAUGCUUCCUCUUGGCUGUGAUGGCCUAUGACCGCUACAUGGCUGUGUGCAAUCCCCUCCUCUACACGGCUGUGUGCAAUCCCCUCCUCUACACCAUGGCUAUGACACCACGGAUGUGUCUGGGACUGGUGGCUACUGUCUAUGCGGGUGCCAUGGUGAAUUCUGUGGUCCGUACUGGAUGCACCUUCUCCAUCUCCUUCUGUAAGUCCAACCACAUUGAUUUCUUCUUCUGUGACCUCCCACCCCUGCUGAAACUCGCCUGCGGUGAGACUCGCCUACGGGAGCAGGUGAUCUUCCUCUUGGCUUUCUUGGUCAUUACAACUAGCACCUCAGUGAUUCUUGUGUCCUAUCUCUUCAUCAUUCGAGCUAUUCUGAAGAUUCGCACGGCAAGUGGCAAAGCCAAGACCUUCUCCACUUGUGCAUCCCAUAUGACAGCAGUCGCUCUAUUUUUUGGGACACUUGUAUUCAUAUACCUGAAAGGGAACAUGGGAAAAUCCCUCUGGGAAGACAAGAUUGUGUCUGUGUUUUAUACCGUGGUCAUCCCUAUGCUAAACCCAAUAAUCUAUAGCAUGAGAAACAAGGAAGUGAAGGAAGCUUUGAAGAAAGUUCUCAGAAGAAUGAAGGUUUCCUAA